CGUGGCUGCCUGUUAAAAGCCACGCCCGGCUGGUGAAGCGCUCACUUCUUUCCCUGCACAUCCAGCCGCUUCUCGUCUCCAGCUGCAGAGGCACAGCAUCCAUUCCGAUGGCGACGAUUCAUGAAAUCUUGGGCAAGCUCACACUGGAAGGAGGACAAGCCAGUGAAAGCCUGCCCAAGUGUGGGACAGUCAAACCAUCCACCAAUUUUGAUGCAGAUAAGGAUGCUGCGGCCAUUGAAACUGCCAUUAAGACAAAAGGUGUGGACGAAUUAACUAUAAUCAACAUCUUAACAAACCGCAGUAAUGAGCAGAGACAAGACAUAGCAUUUGCCUACCAGAGGAGAACUAAGAAGGACCUGCCAUCAGCGCUGAAGGGUGCUCUCUCAGGUCACCUAGAGACAGUAAUGCUGGGGCUAAUGAAAACCAGACCACAAUAUGACGCAUCGGAGCUGAAAUCUGCCAUGAAAGGUCUGGGGACAGAUGAAGAUACCCUCAUUGAAAUUAUCUGCUCAAGGACAAACCAAGAGCUUCACGCCAUCCAGGCUGCUUACAGAGAGUUAUACAAGACAGAAUUAGAAAAAGACAUAGUCUCCGACACAUCUGGUGACUUCCGUAAAUUAAUGGUGGCUCUUGCCAAGGGCAAGCGACAGGAAGAGGGUUCAGUGGUGGAUUAUGAAAAGAUUGACCAAGACGCCAGGGACCUGUAUGAAGCUGGAGUGAAGAGGAAGGGAACCGAUGUGAGCAAGUGGAUUACAAUCAUGACAGAAAGGAGCAUUCCUCACCUUCAGAAAGUCUUUGAAAGGUACAAGAGUUACAGUCCAUAUGACAUGCAGGAAAGCAUCAAGAAAGAAGUGAAAGGUGACCUGGAAAACGCUUUCCUGAAUCUUGUUCAGUGCAUCCAGAACAAACCUCUGUAUUUUGCCGACAGACUGCAUGACUCUAUGAAGGGCAAAGGAACCAAAGACAAAAUUCUGAUCAGAAUCAUGGUUUCCCGAAGUGAACUAGACAUGCUAAAAAUCAGAUCAGAAUUCAAGAAGAAGUACGGCAAAUCCUUGCACUACUUUAUUGGGCAAGACACAAAGGGAGACUACCAGCGUGCCCUGCUAAACCUGUGUGGGGGAGAUGACUGAGACCCUAGGAAGUUCCCUGCCAUAUCCCUUAUCGUAUGAUGCCUCACCGCUUAACCCGACUGUGUACAUUCUCAACGUGUGCUGUUUUUACAUUCCUGAGCCAAAAGCUGCUCCUGUCUUGGUCACCAAACAAUAAAACUCUGUUCUAUGAUA